CGAUAGAAAAUCAACAAUCUGUCGAGCACGCGGCCGGCGCUGUAUUUUGUUUUGGAUUUUCACACAAUGUCCACCAAUACGAGUAUUAUUAUGCCCGGCGAGCGCGUCACGAUUGUGGAGGAUGCUGCCAAAAGCAAGCGAAUCAUAUUAGGUCCGGGCCUUAGGAGAGUGGACGAAAAAGUUGUAGCCACCAAAGCCGGCCCGCUCCGUCACAAGGAGCCCAACACAUUCUGGGUGGACAACUAUCAGCGGCGUUACGUGCCAGCGCGGGGAGAUCUCAUUAUUGGCAUAGUAAAGGCCCGAGCCGGCGAUUUGUAUCGUGUGGACAUUGGGGCGGCGGACUUGGCGUCAAUUUCCUACCUGGCCUUUGAGGCAGCCACAAAAAAGAAUCGGCCGGAUCUCAAUCCUGGCGAUCUACUCUACGCUCGCGUACUUAACGCCAAUGCGGACAUUGAGCCGGAGCUAGUGUGCGUAAACUCGAACGGCAAGCGCGGAAAGCUGGGUGUAUUGCAGGAUGGCUUUUUCUUCAAGUGCAGCCUAAAUUUAGGCCGGCUGCUGCUGCGCGAGAGCUGCCCCGCCCUGGCAGCCCUUACGGAGGAGCUGCCUUACGAGAUUGCCGUGGGCGUCAACGGACGCAUCUGGGUUAAGGCGCACUCGACGCGGGAAACUGUGGGCCUGGCGAAUGCCAUUAUGACACUGGAACAGGCAGGCUAUGCGGAGAUUGAAAAGAUCUGCGGGAAUCUGAGUGGCGUGAUGCAAGCGUGAACGAUUAACAAAAUUAACAAAAAUUAUUUACAAUUAAAAUUUGGAAAUCCUCUAUGAUGAAAUUUCCGAAAUUGUUGUAAAAAAAAAAUGAAAUUUAAAGUUUUGAGAAAAUGUGUGCGAGACAGAUAAUUUCUAACUACAUUGUCUGAGUAAAAUUUCGUAAAGCUAUGUGAGUUGGAUAUAUAUUAAUUUUAAGGCUUUUUCUGGCAUUUAUUUAGAGCAUAAUGUCAUAUAUUUCUAAGUUUUUGUACCCACAUUUUCCAAAAAUAAAUUGUUUACCUAUAGUUAAUUCACUGAA